UCGUGGUGGAGCUGGAGACUCGUAACGCGUCUGCAGUCAGCCACUCUCCACAAGCUUUACCUAUCGGAGCAGCCAUGCGUGAGUGCAUCUCCAUUCAUGUGGGCCAGGCUGGGGUGCAGAUGGGCAAUGCCUGCUGGGAGCUCUACUGCCUGGAGCAUAACAUCCAGCCUGAUGGCACCGUGCCCAGCAACAAGACCCUGGGGAGUAGUGAUGAUUCCUUCAACACCUUCUUCAAUGAGACAGAGGCUGGCAAACAUGUGCCCAGGACUGUCUUUGUGGACCUGGAGCCUGCUGUCAUAGAUGGGGUAAGAACUGGCAUUUAUAGGCAGCUCUUUCACCCUGAGCAGCUGAUAUCUGGCAAGGAAGACGCUGCAAACAACUAUGCCCGAGGCCACUACACUGUGGGGAAGGAGAUCAUCGAUCUGGUACUGGAGAGAAUCCGAAAACUGACAGACCAGUGCACUGGACUCCAGGGCUUCCUGGUCUUCCAUAGCUUUGGAGGUGGCACUGGCUCAGGCUUUACCUCUUUGCUGAUGGAGCGGCUUUCUGUUGACUAUGGCAAGAAGUCCAAGUUGGAAUUUGCUAUCUACCCAGCCCCUCAAGUGUCCACGGCGGUUGUAGAGCCCUAUAAUUCCAUCUUGACCACCCACACCACCCUGGAGCACUCGGACUGUGCCUUCAUGGUAGACAAUGAGGCCAUCUAUGAUAUCUGCCGCCGCAACCUGGACAUCGAGUGCCCAACCUACACCAACCUCAACCGGCUCAUUGGCCAGAUUGUGUCCUCCAUCACUGCCUCCCUGCGUUUUGAUGGUGCCCUCAAUGUGGACCUCACGGAAUUCCAGACCAAUCUGGUGCCCUACCCCCGCAUCCACUUUCCCCUGGUGACCUACUCGCCCAUUGUUUCAGCUGAGAAGGCCUAUCAUGAGCAGCUCUCCGUGUCAGAGAUCACCAAUGCCUGCUUUGAACCCUCCAAUCAGAUGGUCAAGUGUGACCCCCGCCAUGGCAAGUACAUGGCCUGCUGUGUGCUCUAUCGUGGAGAAGUGGUGCCCAAGGACGUGAGCGCAGCCAUUGCCUCCAUCAAGACCAAGCGCACCAUCCAGUUUGUAGACUGGUGUCCUACAGGUUUCAAGGUUGGCAUCAACUACCAGCCCCCCACAGUGGUACCUGGGGGUGACCUUGCUAAGCUGCAGCGGGCAGUGUGCAUGCUGAGCAACACCACAGCCAUCGCUGAGGCCUGGGCCCGCCUCAACCACAAGUUUGACCUGAUGUAUGCCAAGCGUGCAUUUGUGCACUGGUAUGUGGGUGAGGGCAUGGAGGAAGGAGAGUUCUCUGAGGCCCGAGAGGACCUGGCUGCCCUGGAGAAGGAUUAUGAAGAAGUGGGCUCAGAGUCUAUGGAUGGCGAGGAUGAGAGCGAGGAGUUCUAGGGCUGCCUGGCACCUGCCACAUCUGGUAUCUCGCUCCCAGUUUUUUCUCUAAUUCCAGUGUCUCUCCAACACCCUGCAAAUAUAAUUGAUGUCUCCAGUGGUGUGGGUUUCUGAUGUGGAAUUCUGUACAGGCAGAGGGCCUUCCCAUUAUCAUUUAUCAUCCUUGCUGAAGGGGAAGGUUCGUGAUGACCUCCAGGGACUCCAGCUAGGGAUGUGUGCAGGAGGGUUGGCACUGCAUCAUUCUGUUAGCAGACUACCCUGAAAAUAUGCACUGGUUCAGCCCUGGGCUGGCCUGCUUCAACUUCAUGUGGGUCCCUCACUAAGUUGCUAAACUGGCUUUGAACUCACCAUCCUCCUGCCUCAGCCUCCCAAGCUGCCCCCAACAUUGUGGGGCAGAAGUUGCUCCAUUUCAAUGUUUGGAAGGAAUCAAGCCUUUUUAGCAUGUCCUCAUGGCCAACAGAGGGCAGUAGAGGUUGCACUCAGGCCAGUCUGCAGCAGCCAUCUUAAAAUUUAGGGCUCUACCUUGAUGCCUUACAAAGACACAGGGUCCAAGAAAUUAGAUUUAAAAAAAAAAAAAAAGGUUGUUAGCCUGGAGCUAUGAACAUGUAAAAGUUUUUAAAGGUACUAUGAGCCUUUUAGACAAGAAAAUCUGUAUCUUUAUUCUCAAAGGAGUCCCUAAUAAGGAAGUUAGGAACUGUUCUAGGGGUUAGCCAUAUCUGGUCACAUAUGGUCUUAGGGAUCAGUGUAUUAGUCAGUAAAAAGAUCUGGCAGUAGCUAAAGGCUAAACAGAUGGCACGGCCCAGGCUCAAAGAAACAUCGCUUUAAUAAUGCGCUUGACACGUCCCCUUCAACCAGGCCGAGGUGGUAGACUUGUGUGCUCUGAAAAGGUAGUGAAUCUCCAGGGACCCCAGCUCUGUUCUUGGCAAGACCACACUGAACAGACCCCUCCCCCAUAUCCCUUGGCUUGAAUAUACCUGCUGAGUGUCAGACACUCAAUUCUAGCAUGUGACUCAGGAUGUGUGUCUGCUUUUUUAAAGCACCACUGAGCCUUGGAGCUGCCUGGAAAUGUCUCCUGUGACCUCACUUUGGGUCAGGAGAUUAGUGUUAAUGGAGAGAUCCAUAGCAAGCAUCUGUGAGCCUUGCCUGGUUGGUGCCUGCAGGGCUUUGCUGAGAGGUUGAUAGACCCCAGGCCUGCAGAUUUUGACCCCUUCCGAGGAGCGGCAUUGUUGAAUCACGGCUGUGGGCCUGGGAGAUUGUUGUUUUCGGGUGUUCUAUGUCUCUCCGUUUUUCCAUCUUUCUCUGUGAUUGUAGCUCUGAGUAUAGAGAUCUGACAUUUUUC